AUGGGCAUUCCAGGCGGGUUCGGUGAAGACCUUCAAUGCAAGAGUUCUGCCCUCAUCGGAGGUUUGGUCUCCGCCAUGUUAUAUGGCAUAGCAACUCUCCAGACUUACGUGUAUUACAUGCAAUACCCCGAGGACGCCUCGGCCACAAAGCUCCUGGUUGCUGCCAUAUGUUGUCAUUCUCAAAUUCGGCAGAUAACUAACUACGGCAUUCCGGCGAGUUUGGGAUAUAUUGUUUGGUCAUUUCAAGCAUCGGUUCUGGUGCAUGUACUUGUGGUUGCUGUAGUACAAUGUUUGUCGCCCUCACGUGAAGUGGUGGGUGACCGCCCCAGUUAUGCUAUUAAUACUGGGUCAGAUUGGGUUUGGCAUGGGUUCGUCAUUCACAAGACCAGCGCCCUUACACAGAUCUCGGUAAUUCCAUUAGGAGAGAAAUUGCUUUACGUUCUAACCCCGGCUUUUGCCAUCAUCGUACUAACUGAGGUCCUGAUUACCGUGUCACUUUGUGUACUCUUCUACAGCAGUCGCUCUGACUCUGCAUUUCCAAGCACAAAGCGCCUCUUGAAUACACUUAUCAUCUACGCUGUUAACCGCUGUGGCCUGAUUCAGGCUUUUCAUCGUAGACUAGUCGCCAUUGGAGAGCUCGCCGUGGCCUUCGAGCACCAAGAUGCAUGGAUAAUGGCAUUAGACCUCGUUGCUCAAGGGUCAUCACUGAACACUCGACAAUACCUUCGAUCCCAGGUUUCCGGUACCCUGUCAGAUCUACGCAUCAGUACUGUGCGCUUCGCGAAUCCGCCGAGGCUUCCUGAGCAUGAAGAGACUACGGGGGAUAGCGCAAGGCUAUUUGGCAUACACGAAGGGCCUGUCAUCGAGGUUACCAUCAACCCGGCACACGGAAAGACUAUGGUGUUGCGAAGAGAGGGAGAGGUGUAA